CCCCUCCACUUCCGGCACCGGCUGCGGUGAGCCCCGACUGUCAUUCGUGCCCGGUCGAUAGGGGGGUGCGCGGCCGAUGCGGUCAUGGCACCGAGAGCGGAUGGCUACCAAGUACUCCCACCGUUCUCCUAAGUUUCUCUCCAGUGGCGUGGGAGGGGAAGGGCGGGCCUUCUGCUUCGUCUGCGUUCCCCACUCCCCCGCACCACAGAGACGUAGGCCUCCUACGUCCUAGCCUUCCCGCCCUGUUCCCAAGUGCCUGCUAGAGCGUCUUCUCGCCGUUUCCUGUCGCAGGGGCCGGGAAAGGAAGAAGGGGGACGUAGCACUACAGCUGAGGGAACUCACGAGCCUGGGUGGCGCGCAGACGCCGGAAGUGUUGGGUGGAAGAGCGGAAGUGAGGGGGCGGGGCCAGGAAGUAAGGAGGGGCGGGGGUUUAUGAGGAGGCCAAGGAAGCGUUGGGGUAGAUUUGCACUCAGGGCCACCUGAGGGACUUGGCGAUAGCGUUCAGCUUUUUCCCUUGCCCGCGCAGAGACGCGGUUGUCGUCUGGGAGUAGGGAACUCUGUGUGGAGGGGUGGGUUGUCGGAAGAACAUUUCUCUGGCUGCGCUUGAGGCGAGCUGUGGAGAGGCAGGGGUGGGGGUGGGGCCGGGUAGCCCGGGCGUCUGAGAGGGAAGACCCCCCCGCCCCCCUCCCAGCCCCCACCGUACAUCUAAACUGGCUGACUGGACGCUAAGAUGGCUGCCGUUGCCAUGACACCCAAUCCUGUGCAGACCCUUCAGGAGGAGGCGGUGUGCGCCAUCUGCCUCGAUUACUUCACGGACCCUGUGUCCAUCGGCUGCGGGCACAACUUCUGCCGAGUGUGUGUAACCCAGUUGUGGGGCGGGGAGGAUGAGGAGGACAGGGACGAGUUAGACCGGGAGGAGGAGGAGGAGGAGGAGGAGGACGGAGACGAGGAAGAAGUGGAGGCUGUGGGGGCCGGCGGGGGGUGGGACACCCCCAUGCGGGACGAAGACUAUGAGGGCGACAUGGAGGAGGAGGUCGAGGAGGAAGAGGAGGGAGUUUUCUGGACCAAUGGCAUGGGCGGGUCUAAUUGGGACAACAUGGACUACGUGUGGGAGGAGGAGGACGAGGAGGAAGACCUGGACUACUACUUGGGGGACAUGGAGGAGGACCUGAGGGGGGAGGAUGAGGAGGACGAGGAGGAGGUGCUGGAGGAGGAUGAGGAAGAGGAGCUAGAUCCCGUCGCCCCACUGCCUCCGCCUCCUGCUCCUCGGAGGUGCUUCACCUGCCCCCAGUGCCGAAAGAGCUUUCCCCGGCGAAGCUUCCGUCCCAACCUGCAGCUGGCCAACAUGGUCCAAGUGAUUCGGCAGAUGCACCCAACCCCUGGUCGAGCGAGCCGUGGGAACGAGCAGGGCAUCUGCCCCAAACACCAAGAAGCACUGAAACUCUUCUGUGAAGUGGACGAAGAGGCCAUCUGUGUAGUGUGCCGAGAAUCCAGGAGCCACAAACAGCACAGCGUGGUGCCAUUGGAGGAGGUGGUGCAGGAGUACAAGGCCAAACUGCAGGGCCACUUGGAACCUCUGAGGAAGCACCUGGAGGCUGUGCAGAAGAUGAAGGCCAAGGAGGAGAGGCGGGUGACUGAGCUGAAGAGCCAGAUGAAGUCAGAGCUGGCAGCAGUGGCCUCAGAGUUUGGGCGGCUGACACGGUUCCUGGCCGAAGAGCAGGCAGGGCUGGAGCGGCACCUCCGAGAGAUGCAUGAAGCCCAGCUGGGGAGAGCAGGAGCAGCGGCCAUCCGCCUCUCAGACCAGGCUGCCCAGCUGAGCCGCCUGUUGGCAGAGGCCCAGGAGCGCAGCCAGCAGGGGGGCCUGCGGCUGCUCCAGGACAUCAAGGAGACUUUCAAUAGGUGUGAAGAAGUACAGCUGCAGCCCCCAGAGGCCUGGUCCCCUGACCCGUGCCAACCCCAUAGCCAUGACUUCCUGACAGAUGCCAUCGUGAGGAAAAUGAGCCGGAUGUUCUGUCAGGCUGCCCGAGUGGACCUGACGCUGGACCCUGACACUGCUCACCCAGCCUUGAUGCUGUCCCCUGACCGCCGUGGGGUCCGCCUGGCAGAGCGGCGGCAGGAGGUUGCUGACCACCCCAAGCGCUUCUCGGCUGACUGCUGUGUACUGGGGGCUCAGGGCUUCCGCUCUGGCCGGCACUACUGGGAGGUAGAGGUGGGCGGGCGGCGGGGUUGGGCGGUGGGCGCUGCCCGUGAAUCAACCCACCACAAGGAGAAGGUGGGCUCUGGGGGGCCCUCUGUGGGCAGCGGGGAUGCCAGCUCCUCACGCCAUCACCAUCGCCGCCGCCGACUCCACCUACCCCAGCAGCCUCUGCUCCAGCGGGAAGUGUGGUGUGUGGGCACCAAUGGCAAACGCUACCAGGCGCAGAGCUCAACAGAGCAGACACUGCUGAGCCCAAGUGAGAAACCGCGGCGCUUUGGCGUGUACCUGGACUAUGAGGCCGGGCGCCUGGGCUUCUAUAAUGCGGAGACUCUGGCCCACGUGCACACCUUCUCAGCUGCCUUCCUGGGCGAGCGUGUCUUCCCCUUCUUCCGGGUGCUCUCCAAGGGUACUCGCAUCAAGCUCUGCCCUUGAUUGGCCUGCCACCCGCAGGGGCCCCUCUGGUCCACACUGGGGGGGCGGGUGGUGGUGGAGGGUGGCCCACAAGUUCAGGGGCUCAAAAGCUCCUUUCCAAUGUUUGUUACUGCGUUGCUUCCCGCUCCCCCUUGAUCCCAGGCCCCUGCUUCUCCCUCUAGGAGCCUAAAGAACCUUCCUGGCCUCCAGCUCGGCCUUCUCUCACCUACUAUGUCUGUCCAACAGGUCUGCAUGGGUCCCUGAUAAUGAGAACAGCUGCCUGGCCUUCCUCCCUUCUGUCCGCCCAGCCCAGCCCAGCCCAGCCCUUGGGGUCAGAGUUUGAGUGGGGAGUAGGGGAAGGAGGAUUUCAUUCCUUAACUUCCUUUUCCCCACUCAUGUCACUUCUGAAGCUGGAGGGUUUGGGCAAGACUCGUAACAUCCCCAUAUCCCAAUUCCAUUUUCUGAUGCAAGCUUUUAGCAAAGGGAUUUGGAAGCUGUUUUGGGGAGGCAGGCUGGGGAAAAGGGUAGAGCUGGGUAAUAAAUGUCUACUCUCCUGGGGAAUUGGGAGGGAUUCUAAACUUUCCUUCCUUCCCCUAUUUCUACCUCCAUAGACCGGCCAGAAUUUAACUUCAAUGAGAGAUCUGGAGUGGUCGACAUGAUUGAACCUACAUACCAUUACACCAUCCAAUAAAUUAUUUGCUCCCCCUUCAUUUUUUCCAGCACUCAAAUCUAGGAGCAAAGCUUACCCUACUCCCACCCCUCCAGGUCUUUCACUGCCAGGCUCCUUUCCCCUUUGUUCAGUGGAGUUGCUUAAUAUCUCAGUUUCCAGCCUCUCUCCAUGCCUUCAGUUCUAUUCGGCAAGCCGAUGGGGCGCUUGGGGACAGGGGUUUGGAUCCCCAUGAGGGGAGCCUUGGGUAUAAUCUAUUUUUCUAGUAACCCCUUGCCUUCUGUCACUUAUCAGCUUUUGCCCUCUGCUUUGAUGCUGAGGUCGAUUCAUGUUCUAGGGGAAAGGGAGAGGUGGGUUGUGUUGUGGAAAUGAGUAAAAAUUUAUUUGCUUCU